UCAUUUUCCUUUCCUUUCCUUUGAAUUCCACCUCCACUCUUUCUUUUACAGUGAAUCAGACCAAAAGAUUCUCACUUUUCUCUCCUCUCUUUCCACUCUGUUUCCUUUUUCUCUCCAUUUCACUCUUUUUCGUUUACAAAAACACUUUCGAAAACCACCCACAACAAUUCCCUCCCUCCCUCACUCACCUUUGGAUUCCUUUCUUUCCUUCAAAUCUCUCCAAACUCAAAUCCCACCUUUGAAUUUCACACCCCACUUCCCUGAUCCUCAGAUUUCUAUACAUUCACCCCAAAGUUUCAAUCUUUUUCAUUUUACAACCACUUGAUUCUUGCACACAAAUAAUUUUGUACAAAAUUCUACCCUGUGAGUGAGUUAGUGAGUCCAAAAAUGGAGAAGUAUGAGCUCGUGAAGGACAUAGGAGCUGGGAAUUUUGGUGUGGCCAGGCUCAUGAGGAACAAGAACACCAAAGAGCUUGUUGCCAUGAAGUACAUCGAGCGUGGCCACAAGAUUGAUGAGAAUGUGGCCCGGGAGAUUAUUAACCACAGAUCGCUUCGCCACCCUAAUAUUAUUCGCUUCAAGGAGGUGGUUUUGACUCCAACACAUUUGGCGAUUGUUAUGGAGUAUGCAGCUGGUGGUGAGCUAUUUGAGAGAAUUUGCAAUGCGGGAAGAUUCAGUGAAGAUGAGGCCAGAUAUUUUUUCCAGCAGCUUAUCUCAGGAGUUAGCUACUGUCAUUCAAUGCAAAUAUGCCAUAGAGAUUUGAAACUGGAAAAUACUUUGUUGGAUGGAAGCCCAGCACCACGCCUGAAAAUCUGUGAUUUUGGUUACUCUAAGUCAUCUUUGUUGCAUUCAAGGCCCAAAUCAACUGUUGGUACACCAGCAUAUAUUGCACCUGAGGUUCUUUCUCGCCGAGAAUAUGAUGGCAAGUUGGCAGAUGUAUGGUCAUGUGGAGUGACUCUUUACGUUAUGCUGGUGGGAGCAUACCCAUUUGAAGACCAGGAAGAUCCAAAGAAUUUCAGGAAAACUAUUAAUAGAAUAAUGGCUGUACAAUACAAGAUUCCUGAUUAUGUUCACAUAUCUCAAGAUUGUAAAAAUCUUCUUUCUCACAUAUUUGUUGCAAAUCCAGCCAGGAGAAUCUCCAUUAAAGAGAUCAAGAACCAUCCAUGGUUUCUAAAGAACCUGCCAAGGGAACUAACAGAGCCAGCUCAAGCGAUCUACUACCGAAAAGAAAACCCAACUUUCUCCCUCCAAACCGUAGAAGAAAUAAUGAAAAUUGUUGACGAAGCCAAAGUUCCACCUCCAGUGUCCCGAUGCAUCGGAGGCUUUGGCUGGGGAGGAGAAGAAGAAGGUGACGAGAAGGAAGAAGACACUGAUGCCGAGGAAGAAGACGAGUAUGAGAAGAGAGUCAAGGAGGCGCAAGCAAGUGGAGAAGUUAAUGUUAGUUGAAAGGAUUAACUUUAUCACCCUUCCAAUGAUCGACGGUCCGGAAUUUUGAGUUCGGAAUACUUGGUACUUAUAGCAUGGUUUCAUGUACGUAUAAAUAGCCAGUUGUUUAGGAUCUUGUGUUCAAUAAAUGUUUGUAAAUUAGGUGUGUAUUGAGCAUGAAGUUUGAGUCCUUUAUUUGUAAGAAGUGAUUAGUGUGUGUUGGAACUUGACGUUGGGAAGCAUUAGGAUUUGAAGUUAAUUGUGAGAGUUUUGAGUGAGUUAAA